AUGGAAUGUAUAGCCCCAACAUCAGCGCCUUGGAUUCCUCCAGAGAGGCUUCAGGAACUGCCCUUUGGAACGGCAUAUGUCUAUCCUGCUGACUCCAAGCACGGCGUCAGUAUAUCUUUGCCCACUUGGGAAGCCACUAUUUCAUAUUUCGAAGAAGCCGAAGCUUGGAAAAAUAAACACAUAGAGUGGUGCUAUCCGAGAUUCUUCGUUAAUCGGCCUAUUCGAGAACUCGCGGAUGCAGCAUUGGAAAGGCUCAACCUUACAAAAGACACAGACAUUGCGUAUCUUUUAUUUCCCACAGAAGCCAUCGCCCAGGAUUGUGCAUGGCAUAUCGCCAAAGAUCACCAGUCCGUCGCCAUUGAUAUCGUCUUGGACCUUGCCAGCUUCGCCAUGGCUAUAUUCCCCAAAGAAGCCAAGGGGUCCGCCAUGAUGUUCUGGAUUAACGCCGGAGGAGGGUUAACGACUAGACAUGCCAUGUUCUCCAAGGAUUACCUUUGCUAUUUAGAGGGCGAAUACAGUAACAAAAAGUCUCACAUUCAAUCACCAAAGCCCAUUGACUCGGCUCUGUCGAUGCCUUCCUGGAUAAACGGAAUUGCCUCCACGUCGGUGAAUGUCAAGUCGACGAUUGCCAAGCUGUCUACGCCAGAGGAUGCCGCACAACCUCCGGUGACUGCAGAUGAUGUGAUUUUGUAUCCAACUGGGAUGAAUGCAAUAUACAAUGCCUCGGAAGCUUUGGCAUCUCUAGCAAAGACGUCAACUGUCGUAGCCUUUGGAUGGAUAUACGAUGAAACAAUCCAUAACUUGAAAAAUGGCCCCUGGAAAAAGUUCAUCGGCUACAAACGGGGAACAGAGCAGGACUUGGAGGACCUCACGAACCGUCUCAAGGCUGGUGAGCGUAUUGGCGCAUUGUUCUGCGAACUGCCUAGCAAUGUUUUCCUGUCAUCGCCCCCUUUGCAUCGGUUACGGGAGCUCGCCAACGAAUAUGGAUUCUAUAUUGCCUGUGAUGACACCGUGGCUGGCUUCAUCAACCUCGAUCCAAUGCCCUAUGUGGAUGUCAUGCUGACUAGCUUGACCAAGAUUUUCAGCGGAGCGUCGGAUGCUACGGGAGGAAGUGUGAUUGUAAACCCAGCCUCACGGGAUCACAACUCUAUCAAGGCGGCUAUACAAGCUCGAUAUGAACACGCAUGUGUUUUCCCCCUCGACACCGAAACACUUCACUAUAACAGUCAAUAUUUGAUCUGGCGCGCUAGAAAAUGCAACGAAAACACUCUUGCCGUUGUUCAAAUGCUCCAUGGCCAUCCACUGAUCAAGCGACUCAACCACCCCUCGGUUGACGAAUCACUGCCUAUUUACAAGAGCCUGAUGCGCAAGGACGGUGGCUACGGGCACGUCCUUAGCGUGAUCUUUCAUGACAAGAACGUCGCACAUCGGUUCUACGAUAUCCUGAACCUACCCAAGGGAUCCAGUUUCGGUACAAAUUUUACCAUUGCAGUGCCAUUCGCGCUGCUCGUGCACUACUACAACCGAGACAAGGUCGCCGCGCAUGGGUUGCCAGAACAUAUUAUACGCUUCAGUAUCGGAUUGGAGAAUGUGGAGGAGAUCAAAAGUGUCAUCCAGAACGCACUAGAAAAGUGCACAGAUCAAACCUGUACCUAG